CUCUGGCCAGGACGAUAACAUUACACAAAGAUGCUGUUGGACUAUUGGGAUUCUCGCAUAAGGAUAAUUUGAUCACAUCGGUGAUGAAGGAAUCAAGUGCAAGUCGCAAUGGACUGCUCAUCAAUCAAAGGAUCGUUGAAGUGGAUGGGAGAAAUGUCAUGGCUUUUAAGAACAAAAAGUUGAAAGAGUUGCUGGAAGAUGCGCCAAUGGCUGUCACUUUAACACUUAUGCCUGCUGAAUUUUAUGGCGAAUUAACUAAAAAGUUAGUAAAUUUUACCAGAACUUACUUUUUGAAUGCUACUGCCCAAAUUCUUGCUUUUUAUGCGUUUUGCACCACAAAAACGCUUGAAGGCGGAAUCAUUUUAUGCUUUGCAACACAGAGACGCAAUAAGCCGAAAACAGUAAAUAUCAUGCCUGCCUGUAUGUUUGUCCAGCUGUCUGCCUAGUC